AUGGAACCAACCGGAGAAAGUCUAGAGUCUGAUUUGCAUCGUCGAGGUGAAGAAAAUUAUGAACUUAAAUCCAGGUUAAAGGCUCAGUGGAUCCGUGAAGAUGAUGAAGGAUCUCCAGAUGAAUUUUCAGAAGAUAAUCUUGAAAUAAAGAUGAAGAUUGAAGAUGGUUUUCAGAGGAAGAUUGAGGUGAGUUUUUGGAGAUUUGAUGAAGAUUCUUGCAGAAUGAUGCAGAAGGUUGAAGAAAGUGAAGAACCUGAGUGA